AGCAGCUCCACUCCUGCCCCGGCUAACGGGGGUCCCUCCUGGAUUACGCCCUAUCUGCCAGUCCCCGGUGCAGCGCCCCACUCCUGUGGGGUGCCCCUUUCGGGACGUCCCGCCUGGGCUGCUCCCACUCCCGAGUCCCAGGUCCCCCGUGCAGCACCGACCCCUCUCCCCGGCCUCCCCACGCGGCGCCCCGUCCCGGGUCACCUCCCCACGCCGGCUACCCGUUCCCAUUGCGGGCCCCACCCCGCCUCUCCCUGGCCCGCUCCGCCCGCGCUCAGCUGCCGGCACGGCGGAGCUGCGCGGCAGCUUCGGACUGAGUCACCCCGGAUCGACACGCGCCGGAGGCCGAGUCUCUGCGCCGGAGGCUGGGUAAAAUCUGCGGGGAGCCGAGCGGAUAUCGGGGGGAGCCGCGCAGAGGCCGGAGGGAUCCCACCAGGGACCCGGAGUUUCCCCCUUAGGGUAGUGACUGAGGACUCACUUGUUCCCUGGCUGCAACAACCCCCCAUCUGCUUCCCCUAGAACCCUCCGCAGUAAACGGCACCCAUGAAGGUGGAGGAAGUCGUCUCGGUUUCUGACACCACCAACUUCAAUUUCAGCACUGCCACCACUAUCCCGUGCCCGGUUAACCGGAUUUUCACCCAUCGCUUCCUGCCGGCCGUGUACCUCAUCGUGUCCCUGCUGGGGCUGCUGGGGAAUGGGCUGGGGCUGUGGAAUCUCUGUGCCGGGUCCCGGAGGAACAGCUGGAACACCCUCAGCGUGCUGAUGUGCAACCUAGGGGUGGCAGACCUACUCUAUGUGAUCACAUUGCCCUUCCUGGUGACCUACUAUCUCCAGGGGGACGUGUGGCUCUUUGGGAAAGGCUGCUGCAGGCUGACGCGGGCCCUCUUCCACCUCAAUCUCUAUGCCAGCAUUGGCUUCCUGACCUGCAUCAGCAUCCACCGCUACCUGGGCAUCGUGUACCCACUGAAGAUGCUGGGUAGGUGCCAAACCCUGGGGCCCCACUUCUUCAUCAGUGCCUUGGUCUGGGCAUGGGUCAUCAUCCAGGUGGGUCCUGAUUUUGGCUUCAGCAAAACGGAUAGCACUGGUACACAGUGUCAUGAUACGACAGGACAUGAGAACCUGGGCACCUAUCGGCACUAUGUCCUAGCUGUAACUAUGACUGGCUUUGUCAUCCCCUUCCUCAUAAUCAUUGGCUGCUACUGCCAUGUGGUGGUGGUCCUCUGGAGGAAUGAAAACGUGGACGCAAACCUCAAGAGAAGGAGCAUCAAACUGGUAGUGUUAGUGAUGGUCCUGUUCUCUGUCUGCUUCCUCCCAUAUCACAUCUUCAGGAACCUUAACUUGCUGUCCCGAAGCUGGCAACUCCAGGGGUCCUGCACCCAGACUUCAAAAAACAUCUAUGUCUCCUAUCAGGUGACCCGGGGCCUGGCCAGCUUCAACAGUGCCCUGAACCCUCUGCUCUACCUAAUGACCAGUGAGGACUGCGUGUCACGUAUGAGGACCAUCAGUCAAAGGUCUGGCCAGUCUCUGCGGUCUCUCUGGGAGAGGAGAACCCAGCGCCAAUCAGAUCAGAAGAAAACAAGCAUCAUUCUCUGUGAAGAAUUUGAAGAGGCAUGUGAUGAACUCUGAAUUGUUUCAGGAGGCUGGUGCUCUAUUAGGAUAAUGACUGCAGAAUGCCUGGAAUGAUGCAGAAGCUGAUUACAGUGGGGAAUCCUACGGAGAAUUUUUCACAAUCUGUAGGCAUACGAUUGCAUUUUACAAUUACUAUCGUGCACCGGUCCUACACCUAAAUUUUCAAAAAAGUAGGUAUUCAAUUGCAUGCCUAAUUUGAGUGCGCAUGUGAUGUGAUUGCAUUCAUCGUCAUAGUCAUUAUACAUGAAAACGAUCCAUUAUGUGUGCAAGUGGUAAUUUGCAAUACCAAUUGCCACACUAGCACCUUCAAUCAUAGUAACUGCAUACAGAUUUUUCUGGAAAUUUUGGCCCUAAAAUAUUUGAAAAUGUGGAAGAGAUUAAAAAAAUAAAGUAGACAAAGAAAUAUGCAUGCAAAAUAAGCACACAGUUACAUGCCCCAUCUGUGUGCACAAUCUUAAUAACUGUAUGUUUACAAACUAGUCAGACAUUUUGUUGGUCUGUCACAUGCUUAAACUUGAUGAAGACCUGUCCCAAUAUUGCAUUAAAUAGAUGGGCAUUAAAUGUAACAUGCCGAUGAUGCUGAUAUUUAGGAAGAGAAGACUUAAGCCCACUGCAGUACAAUGCAAGCAGGAAAAAGCCAAAGAGCUGAUAGCAAAAAUCGUAUUUUCAUUGUCUCCAAAGUGGAUAGAUUGUUAUUGCUGGCAGCAGGUGUCCUCUGCAUAGUGCAGAAGCUAUAGCCACAAACUGGUAUUUUACCUUCUUCUCCUCACUGUCUUUUCCAGUUCCGAUGGCUUGAAUAUUUCAGCAAUUGUUAGAACAUUAAAGGACAUUCAGCAGUAGGUUUUUUCAAUUCUGAAGAGAGCUUUAAACAAUAAGAAUGAUCCAGAUUUGUGCAGCUGCCGGAGUGAGAGAAACUUUGCUAUUUGGAAAAAUGCCUGAUAUUUAUCACAUUCAGCUGCUGUAGUGUUCAGAUCCUCCUUUGAUAUACACCAAAGAAACCAUGGCUAGUUUACAUACUGAGUUAAUAUAUCAUGUUAAAGAGCAAAUAAAUACUU